ACGGUUCGGAACAGGUCCCACAAUGAACGCUUUUGUUGCCAUCCUCGCUGCUCUCGUCGCUUCCGUUCACGCCGGUGGCUUCGGAGGACACGGCUUCGGCUUUGACGGAGGCUUCGGAUACGGUGGCGGCUUCGGCCACGGCUACGGCCAUGCCCACGUGGGACCUGCUCACGUCCACGGCGGACAUGUGGGCUUUGGACACCCGCACAAGGCGCCCGUUCUCACCUUGGGCGUCGUGAAACAACCCGUCGCCAAGCAGCACUUCGUCUCCAAGGCAGUCGUGAACCACGUGACAUCACCAGUCACAGCUGUUAGUCACGCGGUUGCCCCGCUUGUUAACUACCACGGCGACGUCAGUGCUGCCGGCGGCUUCGCCACUGGAGCUGCCCUCGGAACAGCCGCUGCUCUGCGCGCCGGAAACGCAGGGUUCGGCGGCUUCGGCCUCGGAGGAGGUUUUGGAGGCUACGGUCUCGGUGGAGGCUUCGGCGGCUUCGGUCUCGGCGGCGGAUUUGGCGGCCUCGGGGGAGGCUACGGCCUUGGAUAUGGUCUCGGCGGAGGCUACGGCCUCGGCCAUGGAAGUUUCGGAGGAUAUGGUCUCGGUUAUGGCAAGGGAUGGUAGAACUUGAGAGAAUUGUGACAGAACAUAGUAUUCACGUAUGGAAGGAAGUAGUGAUUGUGCGUAUUGUGUGAC